GAUUUAAUUUCGAGAGCGUAAAUAGAAGACAAAAUAAAAAGCAUAAAUUCGGAAGUAAAUAAUCGAAAAAGUUUUGCAAACUGGAAACCUCCUCCCGCAGUCACACAACUGCGCAGAGCCAAAAAUAAACGAAACCUCCGGCGAAAGCUACGGCGAAGAGACUGCGUCUAACUCCGUUUACACGCCGAUUGUCUUGGAGAGAGAGAGAGAGCACGAGGUAAAUCACGCAAGGGUUAGAUGGGAAACCAGAAACUAAAGUGGACGGCGGAGGAAGAGGAGGCGUUACUCGCCGGAAUCAGAAAGCACGGUCCUGGAAAGUGGAAGAAUAUUCUCCGGGAUCCAGAAUUCGCUGAUCAGCUCAUCCAUCGCUCCAACAUUGACCUAAAGGAUAAGUGGCGUAACUUGAGUGUUCCCCCUGGUACUCAAAGUUUAACUAAUAAGGCACGGCCAGCAAAAGUCAAAGAGGAAGGCGACACUCCGGCUGCAGAUGCAAAUGAUGCUGUCACUAUUCCACGGCCUAUUCCUACUAUUCCACCUCCUCCCGGUCGGCGUACUUUACCUUCUGAGUUGAUCCCUGAUGAAAAUACAAAGAAUGCUCCUAGGUAUGACGGGGUGAUAUUUGAAGCUCUCUCUGCUUUAGCCGAUGGUAAUGGAUCUGAUGUCAGUUCCAUUUAUCAUUUCAUUGAGCCCAGGCAUGAAGUACCGCCAAAUUUUAGAAGAAUCCUUAGUACAAGACUGAGGAGGCUUGCAGCUCAGAGCAAACUUGAAAAGGUUAGCACCUUCAAAUCUAUACAGAACUUCUAUAAGAUACCCGAUCCAUCAGGAACAAAAAUAGGUGUCCCAAAACCAAAGGAGACACAUACGAAGCUGCGCCAAGCAAACAAUCAGACCUCUGCUGAUUCACAACAGAUGAUCGAGGAAGCUGCAAUAACCGCAGCCUGUAAAGUCGUAGAGGCGGAGAAUAAAAUAGACGUUGCCAAACUAGCAGCAGAAGAGUUUGAGAAGAUGACAAAGAUUGCAGAAGAAAAUAGAAAACUCCUGGUCAUAGCUACUGAGAUGCAUGAACUAUGUUCCUGUGGGGAGACUAUGCUCUUGGCUUGAAUUGAAUCUAUGGGACAUUCCUUGUAGCUCUCUUCAGUUAUCUCCGUAAUGGUGUUGAUAAUAAUAUAUAAAAAGAAAACUAAAUUAAUUUACUAGGCGUGGCUUUUUUGGUUUUAAAUUCCUGAACCUACAUACAUAUUUUUACAUUAGCGAAGUUACUUUCGUAUAAUUUUAUAUAAAUUUCUUUACAUCGAAUUUUAAUGUUAAUUUUUUUUUGGGUCCAAAACCAUUAAUUGGAG